UGUACAUAAUUUUAGCCACAGCACAUUGUAGGCGUGCACUAGUGUGUACCGCAGGAAGUACUAGUUAACCGAAGUCGCCGAGAAAACACGAGAAGUUAUUGAGUGGUGUUUUUGGAUUUGUUUCGUUUCAUUACGAACAAUCCGUCGAAGGAUCUUAUUGACGUUUUAAACAGAUCCAAGAUGGCUCUGUGGUUGUUGACAGUGGUUCUUGUAGCAUCGUCAGCAUCCUUAAUAUUAUGCGCGCAGCCGCACUACUGCUCACUCCCCUCUGAGACUGGGCCAUGCCGGGCAGCCAUCUCACGCUAUUUCUUCGACACCACCUCCCAGAGCUGCAAAGAGUUCACCUACGGCGGUUGCCAAGGCAACGCCAACAACUUCCGGUCCAUAUCCCAGUGCAAAGCGGCCUGCGUGUGCACUCUGGACCCGGUCGAAGGCGGCAACUGCACCAAACCGGUUCAACGGUUUUACUACAACGUGGGCGAAGACGUCUGUUCUCCUAUCACCGGAUGCGGAAAUGGCGGGAACCUGUUCCCUGACCAAAUUGCCUGUUUGGAUUCUUGCAUCGUGACCAAGUGCUUCCUGCCGCAGGAAGUCGGUCGCUGUAAGGCCAAUAUCCCGCGGUACUUCUACAACAAGACGAGCAGCGAAUGCGAGCUCUUCAGCUACGGAGGAUGCGACGGCAACAAGAACUUAUUCACCGUGAAAGAAGAGUGUAACAAGUUCUGCACAGUCCCCAUUUCAGGGGAGGAAAUCGUCAUCAACAGGAUCAAGCCGACGGGAGUUACCCCGACGGUAACUUCGGAUAAAAAAUGGAUCUGCAUGCUGCCGCAAACUGCUGGAAUGUGCAAGGCGUCGUUCCCGCGUUUUUCAUUCAACGCCACGACGAAAUCGUGCGAUUUUUUCAUCUACAGCGGAUGCAUGGGGAACGAGAACAACUUCGCCACGGAGGACGACUGCAAGAUGGCGUGUGACCCAGAUAUCCCGACCAAUCAGAAGACGGCUCCUCCCAACGCGAACAUCACCGCUGAAGACUGUCGUCUCCCCCCAGAUUCAGGAGUGUGCAACGCUUAUCUCCCUUCUUUUUACUACAGCGCUUCAACCCGGAAAUGCGAGCCUUUUAUUUACAGCGGUUGCCUGGGCAACAGAAACCGAUUCAGCACGGAGAAAGAAUGCAUGGACGCGUGUCAGAUUUACUACCCCAUUAACUCCAGCCCGAAAUCCAACAACUACGAAGAAGUUGUAAGUAACGUAAACAACAUACUCACAGAUUUACAGAAGAAGGAGAAAGAGCACAGGCAAAUGAUCUGCAGACUUCCACCGGAAGCAGGGUUUUGCCGAGGGUUCUUUAUAAGCUUUUUCCACAACGUCACUUCCGGAGCGUGCGAAGAAUUUAUCUACGGAGGUUGCGAUGGGAACGAAAACAACUUUCCUAAAAAAGAAGAGUGCGUCAAAACAUGCUUAUCUAACUAGUUCUGGAACCCGAAGUUCUUGUUAGAAUACGACACAAAUGUUUGUUUUAUUCUACUUGAUAAAGUUUCGUUGUUUCGCAUUUUUAACACGGUUUUAGUUUUUACUGGCAUCGCCGAUGUCUGAUGAGAGAAUUGAUCAUUAAUUUUGACAUGAACUAAAAAUGUGUUUUUGUUUAUUUCGUCUUCCGAGUAGCCCUAAAAAUGUAAAAAAUAAAAUAAAAAAUAAAACUGAAUUAUUAUUUUUUUUUUAGAAAUUUGGUAUUUUAAGAAUCUAUGUUGUAAAUUUUGCAAAUUCCGAGAAUUUAAAAGUUGUUUUUAUGUGUCUUUUAAGGCUGUAUUUCUAUUAACUUAGUUAAGCGCCAGUUUUGUGUGCAUUUACCAUAUUAUUGCAACGACAAAAGGGUAAAUUGUUUUGGCUUUUUCUUUUUCAGUUUUGUUUACUUACCGAAAAUAAUAAAAACAACAAAUACGGUUAAUUUAGGAAGUCCAUU